GUGUUCCUUCGCAUACGGACCUCCUCCUCUUGAAGAAGAACAUGUUUGCGAAGACAACGAGGAGCUCAACAAUGAUAGUGUCUCUGCUGUCCUUUGGCCUUUUAUUUAAUUUCCAGAGCUCCAUUACGGGCACAGCAAUUGCCGAGGGCAAGACUAGUGUCCACAUCGUGUACCUUGGAGAGAGGGAGCACGAUAAUCCCGAGUUGGUCACAAGUUCACAUCAUGACAUGCUCGCUUCAGUACUGGGGAGCAGCAAGGAAUCAGCAGCAGAAAGGCUUGUCUACAGCUACAGGCAUGGCUUCUCAGGUUUCGCGGCAAAGCUUACGGAGUCUCAAGCACGGAAACUUGCUGAUUUUCCCGGCGUUGUGCGAGUCAUGCGAAACAGCCUUUAUCGGAUACAAACAACUCGGAGCUGGGAUUUCCUGGGCCUCUCCUCUCCUCCUGUUAACAAUCUGCUUUAUGAAAGUAAAAUGGGUGAUGGAAUUAUUAUAGGUGUCCUCGAUACAGGGAUAUGGCCGGAGUCGGAAUCAUUCACGGACAAAGGACUAGGACCAGUCCCGUCUUAUUGGAAUGGCACCUGUGAACCUGGGGAACAGUUUGAUCCGGUAAAACAUUGCAACCGCAAAAUCAUCGGGGCACGUUGGUAUGUCAAAGGAAUCCUCGCGGAGUAUGGCAGACCCCUAAACUCGUCAGGAGACACAGAAUUCAUGUCGCCCAGGGACGCAGUCGGGCACGGAACCCAUACUGCAAGCAUUGCCGCCGGGUCAUUUGUGAGAAAUGUCAGUUACAAAGGAGUUGCUCAUGGGACGGCACGAGGUGGGGCUCCACGCGCUCGGCUGGCUAUAUACAAGGUCUGCUGGAACGUGCUCGGGGGACAAUGCUCAUCUGUGGACAUACUGAAGGCAUUCGAUGAGGCAAUUCAUGACGGUGUACAUGUCAUGUCCCUGUCAAUUGGGUCCUCCAUCCCUCUCUUCUCAGAGGUCGAUGAUCAUGACGGGAUUGCAACAGGAUCUUUCCAUGCCAUGGCCCGUGGCAUCACGGUGGUUUGUGGAGCGGCAAAUGAUGGGCCCUCUGCUCAAACUGUCCAGAACACGGCUCCGUGGAUACUGACAGUCGCGGCAAGCACUAUGGAUCGAGAUUUCCAGUCUCUCAUCACGCUCGGGAAUAAUGAAGUCUAUGUGGGCCAAGCAUUAUACACAGGAAAGGAAAUCGGUUUUGCUAGCUUGGUAUAUCCCGACUUCUGUAGGGGUCUCACACCUAAUGUGACGUUAUUUGCGGGAAGAGUGGUCCUGUGCUUUACUUCUUCAGCUCGAAGAGCUGCCAUUACAAUCGCUGCAGCAGCUGUCAGACUAUCAGGUGGGAUUGGUCUAAUCGCUGCAAAAAGUCCGAGCGAUGGGUUAGCACCCUGCAGCGAUGAUUUCCCAUGCGUUGAAGUGGAUUAUGAGACCGGAACAAGCAUUCUGUAUUACUUCCGCUCUGAAAGAUCACCGACCGUAAAGAUAAGCCCGACUCUAACAGUAGUCAACAGCAAGUUACCUGCUCAUGUGGCCCACUUCUCUUCCCGAGGGCCCAAUUCCAUUGCACCAGCAAUUCUCAAGCCCGAUAUUGCAGCACCGGGGGUGAACAUACUGGCGGCCUCUUCUCCUCUUGAUCCAUUGUCCGCCAAUGGGUAUGCAAUGCACACAGGGACUUCGAUGUCGACUCCUCACGUUGCGGGCAUCGUGGCACUGCUCAAAGCACUCCACCUGGACUGGUCUCCAGCAAUGAUCAAAUCGUCAAUUAUAACAACAGGUUGGAAGAACCAUCCCACAGGUUUCCCCAUACAAGCUGCGGGAUCUCCUCAGAAGGUGGCAGAUCCCUUUGAUUAUGGGGGUGGGAUCAUAAACCCGAACGGGGCGGCAUGGCCAGGGCUAGUGUACGAUAUGGCCAUGACGGAUUACAUCAACUACCUGUGCCAUCGGGGUUAUAAUGAAUCCGACAUAUCCCGCAUUGUAGGGCAGCCCACAAUCUGUCAAGAUAAAUCACAUUCCAUUCUCGAUACAAACCUCCCUUCCAUAACAAUUCCAAACCUUGCAUCCUUGACAACGGUCAUGAGAACGGUUACAAAUGUCGGCCCCCAAAUGUCAACCUACUGGGCCUUGAUCGAGCCGCCCCCUGGCACGACAGUGACAGUGUGCCCUAAUGUCUUGGUGUUUAAUGCAACGGCCCAAAAGAUAACCUUCAAAGUUACGGUGAGACUGAUUUUGCCCAUCGUGGAAUCGGGAUACAUCUUUGGAAGCUUGAAGUGGUCAAAUGGGGUGAAUCAUGUCACCAGUCCUCUUAUUGUUAGAGUAGGAUUCUCUCAUCUCCAUUGAGGGUGCUUUGGCUGUAUGCUGUUGAUCUUGGUCGGAAAGCCGACUACAGAUUGAUAUCAAUAAUGGUUCAAGGGGUUUAGUAAAUCGAAUUUUCCUCUCCUUGAAGUUAGUUGCAAACUAUGGAAUCAAGUUUGGACAUUGAACUCCAGAUCAAUAAAA